AUGAAGGAUACUGGUAGUUAUUCCUUUGGCUACAACAUUGUCGAUGAAUUUGGGACAAAAGGAAGGACAGAAUCUGGGGAUGAAUAUGGAAACAAGAAAGGAUCAUAUUAUUUAUCAGAUGCUGAUGGAAGAACCAGACGAGUAGACUAUGUUGCUGAUGAAUUAGGCUUCCGAGCAUCAGUUAAUACAAAUGAACCAGGCACCAUGGAUAGUGCACCUGCUUCAGUUGCAUAUUAUGCUGAGGGAGCACCCAAUGUAGUUAUAAAAACCCCAGCAAAAGUAGUUGCUCCUGCAUACGCUGCUGCUCCUGCUAAAGUUAUUGCACCUGCUUAUGCUGCUGCUCCAGCUAAGAUUAUCACACCAGCUGCGCCAGCUAAAAUAAUUGCUCCUACUUAUUCUGAAAUUCCUGCUCCAAGGUAUGUAACUCGUUUACAUGCUGCACCAGCUUAUUCCACACAUAUUGAACCUGCACCAUUGCUGUCUCAUGCUAAAGUUGUAGCUCCCACAUAUGCUGUGGCACCUCCUCCCCCACCACCACCACCAAGGUAUGUUGCUCAUGCUGCACCAUUAUUGACCCCCGCUAAAGUUGUAGCACCAGCUUACCAUGCAGCACCUCUGUUGUCCACUACUAAAGUUGUAGCACCAGCUUACCAUGCAUCUUAUGGAAGAGUUUUACACCAUCAUGCUCCUCUGCUAUCUCCCGCUAAGGUAAUUGCUCCAACAUAUACACAUACUAAAGUUGUAGCACCAGCAGCGCCUUUCUUGACUGCUGGAAAAGUUGUAGCGCCAAUACCCACUACCUAUUCCACAUCAAGCAAAACUGUAGUACACCAUCCAGCACCAUUGGUGAAGUAUCACACUUUUUAG